CCAGCUCUGUGCGAAUCAGCUUGUGUGCACAGAGAAAUUCAUUCAAUUUCUGUCGCCUUUUCGUUUUCCUCCCCUCUUUCCCCCCCGCCGUCCCUCCCCCUCUUUGCCGCCCCGUCUGGGUCGUCGCGUACAAUGGUCGCAUAGAAUCGUCGCCGCGGCCGUUGAUACAAGCUGUAACAACCGUAAUCUCCCAGUCGUUUCAGUCUCAUUCACGAUGAUUGCCGUAUACGUGACGGACAUAGGUUUUUGUGUGCAGCUUGAGAUUGACGCGUCUUUGAGUUAGGUUAUAGCAACACAACACACGUCUCACACGUCGGAUAAUGCAUCGCGUUGGAAAAUCGUCGGGUGAAAGUAUGCGUCGUCGGGGAUUCCGACAAAGCGAAGGCCGACGCCGUCACUCUCGAUCGCCCUGAAGCGAGCGGUAUUUUCCAAGGAGAAUUUUUUUUUCGAAAAAUUGUCAGUGGAUGUGUCAGUGAAUGUUUCUCAGAUAAAAAUUUCCGAAUAUUUAUCAACGCUUCCUGGACAGACGAAAAAAAAAGAAAAAAAAUGAUAAGAGCAAAAUCUACAGAGUGUCAGAUAUCUUAAUGAGCAAGGAAGGUGUAACCGCCAUGGCUGAUGAAGAAGGUACAGAGUGGCUUCAAGAGUUGCUUCUUGAUGUGCAGCUCUCCCAAUUUUUUACACGAAUUCGAGAUGAUCUGCAAGUUACUCGCCUUCAUCACUUUGAUUACGUUCAGCCAGAAGAUUUGGAAAAGAUUGGCCUGGGAAAACCUGGUGUCAGACGCUUGCUAGAUGCGGUGAAGAAACGACGAAGUGCUCAAUGGAAGAAGAGUCUUAUAACUAAGAUCAAACCUGGGGGCAGUGGCAAGAACAAUAAACGUUCUUCGCAGCCUAUCGAAACAUCUUCAGUGUUAACAUGUCUCAUACAGGACAAGGAUGUUACGCUGUCUGUUAAACUUGGUGACGGAAGUUUCGGUGUAGUCAGAAGAGGAGAAUGGGUUUCUCCCUCUGGACGAGUUCUUCCAGUUGCUGUGAAAGUUCUCAAAGCAGACGCUCUCACACAGCCGAAUGUGAUAGAAGACUUUGUUUCUGAAGUUCAAGCAAUGCACACAUUGGAUCAUCAUAAUCUUAUCAGAUUGUACGGUGUAGUGCUGUCGCAGCCGAUGAUGAUGGUGACCGAGCUUGCUCCUCUGGGAGCGUUACUCGACUAUUUGCGAAAGCAAUGCAGCAGAAUCUCAAUUCUUACACUCUGCAACUACGCUUUGCAAGUUGCCACAGGCAUGGCGUACUUGGAAGCGAAACGUUUCCUACAUCGUGAUUUGGCAUGUAGAAACGUUCUAUUGAGCACAGUCGACAAGAUUAAAAUCGGUGACUUCGGAUUAAUGAAAGCACUGCCUCAACAAGAAGAUUGUUACGUUAUGACUGAACACAAAAAGGUACCUUUUCCUUGGUGCGCUCCCGAAUCGCUCAAGGCGCGGCAAUUCAGCCACGCGUCAGACGUUUGGAUGUUCGGUGUGACGCUAUGGGAGAUGAUGACGUUCGGAGAAGAGCCCUGGGUGGGUUUAAACGGUUCCGAAAUAUUACGGAAGAUCGAUCGCGAGGGCGAACGUCUUCAUGAGCCAGAAGCGACGCCUCCUUACGUGUACGAGCUGAUGCUUCGUUGUUGGGGGAGAGAACCUUCGGAAAGACCUACGUUUGCUUCCUUAAAGGAAUCGUUGACUGGGAUGGUACCGUCUGUGAUGAAAGCUCUAUCCGCUUUCGAAGAACCCGACAAGAUGUCCAUCGAACCGGGAGAUCAGAUCGCAAUCAUUGAUGGACGUCCAGAGAAUUAUUGGUGGAAAGGACAGAAUCAGCGAACUUUUCAGGUGGCGCAUUUUCCUCGUUGUUUAGUCGAUCCAAUGCGCCGAAAGCAACCAGAGGACAUUAGCAAACCCUUGGAGAACUCGUUUAUUCACACAGGACACGGAGCGCCUUUUGGUAAAAGUUGGGGCAGCCCCGUCUAUAUCGAUGACGUAUAUUUGAGAAAUCCAAUGGAUCCUCCAGAUGUAUUGGUGGCGUCUUCGUCGGACAAUCAGACGAAGAAAAAAUUUUCUUACGGCACGCCGCGCACUAGAAAACAAUUUAAUUACACGAAGCUGCAGAAUGACACCAGGUCUAGUCCCAUCAAAAUGCCGCAGGCAUCAUCGAGCUCGAGCACUAAUCAGGAAGGCACUUUAAUAGAUCUUUCCGCCGAGGGAUCAGUGAGUACAAACGCGCAGGAGGCCGCGUGUCGGCGAGUGGUCAACAUUCUAGACGAGCCCAUCGAGGACGAGAGAUUUUCUUGGCAGGAUGAUGAGGGAAGAACGUAUGCCAAUUUCCCUGGCAAUGUGGAUUCCGCGUAUUCCGAUCCGUUUGAUACGUCCGCAGUAUUCAUGAAGCCGCCACAUUCGCGGUACUACAGCCAUGUGCCUACUGAAGUAGCCAAUCGCUACGCAAAGUAUGGAAAUGUGGAUAAUCAAGAGACGCAGGAUCAAGGUGCUACGAAUAGUUUUGUUGCUGAUUCCGCAAAUAUAGAGGACGUUCGUCAAUACUCAAACAAUCCGAACAUAGAAUCUCAGCAAGAUGCGGCAAAUAUAGAAGAUGUCUCGAGUUAUUAUAGUGAAAUAGAUAAGACUAGCCCGCGUGAAUCGAGCUGGUCCACCUGGCCGGAGGAUCUACGGAAUAUUUCUACUCCGCAGACGUACGUCAACGUUUCCACAGUGGAAUCCGCGUCGUCGUUCACUUCCGUUCCAGCUCCGCCUCCUCUACCGCCUCCUCCUCCUUCCGUCGGACCUAACGAGAGUCCAUCAAAACCGAAAUCCAAUUGCGAGCUUGCGCAAAGCAUGAACGAGCUAUCGUUGAAUUCCAAUUCCAAUACCAGCUCUAAUAUCGCAAAGAAAUUGGAUUCAGCCUUUUUGGCUGAACUAGAGAAACAUCUGGGCGAGAAGGAGGCGACCAAAAACACGAACUCCACCAGUAACCGAGAAAGUCAAGAGUUAGGAGCCGUUUCUACAAAUUAUCUGCGCUAUUCAUCUUCAGACAAGCUGCGACAAGAAUCCGCGCCGACUCAGCAGCUCUCAACAACGGAAGACGUUGCUGGACCUUCUUCGUCUGUUAUUCCAACGUUGAAACCUCCACCGCAAGCAAAACCGAAGUCACCAAUAGCAACGGAUCAUCGAGGAUCAUCCUCGUCAACAUUACUCAGCAAGGUGCAGAAUUCCUGGCAGCCAAAGAGCACCAACAUUCAGAAACCGUCUGUUCAGAGUGAACAGCGGGUGUCAGAAUCGGCGACUGAUACGAUAGUGAAUCAAAUUUGGCAGCAAGCGCAAACUCUGCCACAGCAGAAGAAUGUUCAUCCAGUCGAACUGGCUGCUGGUCGUCAGAUGUUAACGCCCGUUCCAACAAAUCAAGAUAACAUUAAUUUGCUUCAGGAAACCACUAAUCUUAGUAAUACGUACGAUCAAAGUCAAUACGGUCUUUCCAAUGUCGCCAAAGCUACCUUCGCUCAGACACAAGCUGGCUCAUCGAGUCAGAAUACAAAAAAUACUACACAUAUUAGUUACGGUAAUGUCAAUCUGCUUCAAGGAACUGCCGCCAACAUUGCUGGAAAUACCGCGAACGAAACCCAAUAUGGUCCUUGCAACGUUUCCAAAGUUGCUUUCAAUCAGGCGCAAGCUUGCUCGUCAAAUAGUCAGACCUACCUUCAAAAUUCUUGUACGAGCACCGGACAGAGUUUCAAUUUACUGCAAGUUGUCCCCGCUAAAAUCCCCGCCAACGUGACGCGUGAUCCUCUACAUGGCGCGGCUAACGUCUUGAAAACAAACUUGAAUCAAACGCAAGUUGUUGCGCUAACCGGUAAUCAGAAUUGCAUUAACGCGUCGAACUUCAGUUCGCCUCAACCGAUCACUAAUCAUACUGCUAGUAACAGCAUCAGUGGAUGCGCUCAGUACAGAUCCUGUAAUUUCUCCAAAACCGUUCCCGACCAGAUUUAUUCGUCAACGAGCCAGAAUUGCUCGCAGAACGCGACGCCUGUUCUUAAUCAGAACUUCGCGUUACAUCAGUCUUACCCGCAGAACGUAACAGCCAGUACGAACAAUACUCACGGAAUCACUCAUAUACAGAAUGAUUUGCAGCAACCUCAACAUUUGAAACCCGCAACACUCUUGUCCGAGCAAGUGUACGCAGAGUUGAAACAAAUGGUUCCUAACUUGGAGCAGCUCUCUCAAAACGAGUUCAAUACUCUCUACAAUAAAACUGUUCAGCAGAAUAUUCUUCGAAAUUACUAUUCCAACAACUUAAACGGCGAGUCAAGCCAGAACUGUGCCCGGGAGACAGUCAGCGGUCAACAACAGAAAACUGUAGUCGGCAGAAAUCAGCCUGUUCAAUCACACCCUUGCGACUUUAGUCCUUAUCUAAAACAGCCGCCUGUUUAUAAUCCUCCUCCGCUUCCUCCUACGGGAGCCUGGAGUCCGCUUAAAUCCAGCCAGAACGGUUGUGCGCAGAAUCAGUAUUCCGCGACCAAGUCCAAUUUAAGCGGAUCUUCCAAUCUGUUGCAAAACGAAACUCCCGCCAGGAAUGUGUGCGGAACAUCGGCGAAUGACUUAUCAAAGACAAACCUACUGCAGAUUAAUCAGCAUCCAACUGGUACUAGUCCACCGCUCACCGCGGUUUCUCAGCAACUUGUGAUGUCUCUGAGCGACGAGUUUAGGGCGAGCAAGAUCAUGAAGGUGCAGAGAGAGGCCGCAGACGCGUCUCAACAGGAGGUUCUGGCCGCGCUACAAGCGACCGGUUGGGACACAAAUCAAGCUGCCAAGCAAAUCACAAAGGACAGGCAGGCAAAAGUUGAAAGUCUCGUAAGACUGGGUUUGGCUACUAGACAACAAUGUGAGAACGCUUUGAAGCAGAGUGAAUAUGACGUAGAAAUGGCGGCGUCGCUGCUGCUCGAUCAGGCCAGAUGAGAAAUCGUCGCAAAACUCCGCGUUCCAAGCCUUCCACCAACGUAAUUAUAUGAAACUUGUGAGUUUGUUUUACAAAUAAUUUGUGUAAAUCCUUAUAGAAAUUUACUUCCUAGUGUGGCCAAAAUAAUUAUUUAUUUUAACUAAUAAAAGCAUUCUUUUUAGCAAUAAUUUCGAUAUUCAAAAUAAGUUGUCUUGGUCGUACCAGUUGUAAACUUCUGUAGGGGAAGCUAAAGUGAUUCCACGGUGUGCCAAGUAAAUGAAUUUCUAAUCUAGAGAGAAACAAUUUUUCUGUGUGUGUUUGAAAAUUUAUGUAGUCGGAUAGAAAUUAUGAUAUUUAAUAAUUGUCUCAAUUUAAUUUAUCUGAUUAUUUAGGUUAAUUUGAUUUAUAUAAGUUACAGAUAAAGUGUAACGAUGGGGUAUCGUGGCGAUUUUUUGUUACGUUUUGUUUGUCAGUAACAAGCAGCGUGUUAAGCAAUGUAUAAGUUAUCAAAAGAAAAAGAUGUAUUAUUGGCUUUUUUCUCUCUAGAUUCAGUAUUUUUGCACACUACGCGAUUAGGGGAGGGGGGAACCUAUUCUAUUGAAAAGAAAAUCUUGUCAAAGGUCACUUGAAGUGAGCAAUUGUUGUUUUGCCAAAUCUUUGCGAAUUUCUUUUUGUUGAACGUUUGUAUUUCCGACACACAGCAGAACUUAGCGCCAAACCUUAGCUGUUAUAAUUGAUAAGGCGACACGAAGUUAUCGCCAGCCAAUGAUAUUACGACGUAAUAUUUAAGAAAGAUUUAAAAAAUCUAAACCUAUAAAAAUCUGAAACUGUGAUAUGUGUUCUUGAUCUUUAUCUGGAUACACGAGUACAAUCCUGUUGUAGCGAACAAAUUAUGAAGCUGGUUGCGAUUAGAAAUCGCAUUUCGCGUUUAUGAUAAUAGUCUUAAUGUUGAAGAAAGCUCUCUCUUGAGAUUUAACAAAUGAUAUUUAAUAUAUGUAUGCGGGAUAAAAAAGAGAGUAUUUGCGAGAUGUGUGUAGGAAGAUAACAAAAUUCUUCGUAUCUACACGUACGAAGACAUCUAACUUGCGACAACACCCUUUAAAUGGCUAAUUGCUCUAUGUAUAACAAAAAACACAUUUGUUCUCGAAUUUACAGACUAAUAGAAUUUAAGAAUAGAAUUACGCAACACACACACACACACACACACGUCAUGUUAUCAAAUAUAACUGCUAUUUUUAUCGAACAAAGCGAAAUAUACGUACGUGUUAGGAAAAAAAAACUCAAGUAGGGAUGUUAUCGUAAACUCCAGAUAAAAAUCAAAUAAUUUAAA